AUGGAGAUUUCAAUGGCUUCAACCGACAGUGUUAAAGUGUUGGUUGUUGGAGAUUCGGGAGUUGGCAAAACAUGUUUAGUGAAUCUCAUGAGUAAUAAUAAAGUGGUAAAAAAUCCUAAAUGGACAGUUGGAGUAACAGUUGAAAUAAAACUGUACAAAUAUAUGGAAGGAACGCCUAGACAACGCAAUUGUUUUAUAGAAAUGUGGGAUAUUGGAGGAAGUUCAAACCAUAAAAAUACUAGAGAUAUAUUUUAUAAUACUAUUCACGGCAUCAUUUUAGUGUAUGAUUUAACAAACCUCAAAUCUAGUGAAAAUUUACAUAAGUGGUUGGCAGAAAUUUUGAACAAGGAUAAUAACUCAAAAUAUAAAUGUACAGAUGGAUUUGAUAUGGAACAAUUGGUUGGCUCAAACAGAGUACCUAUUUUAGUCUGUGGUACCAAGUUGGAUAUGGCUCCAGAACGUGGUAAGAAGUCGCCUUCUACCGUCGCUGCAGAGUGUGGUGCUGAUGAAAUAUUAAUUAAUUGUCAUGAUUCAAAAUCAUUGGAAUCGAGUACAGUUGCAUCAUCAAAGUUUAACAACUUUUUAGAUAGAGUAAUACAAACAAAAUAUCCAAUCAGUAACUCUAGUCCAUUUAGUCAAGGCCUCUACUCAAGACAACAUCAAUACCAAUCGUCCAAAACUCCACAGUACCCAGUUACUAGACAAAUAAUUUAUGAUGGUUCACCUACAAUUAGUAAAAAUACAUUUUUCAAUUCUAAAACAAUACAUAAAGACUGA